UGCGGAGAAGACUGCCUGACAGAAACUGUGUCCUUUUAAGAAAGGGUCAGGCUUCUCCAUGGUCACAUGAGGUCAGAUGAGAGAGAAUAAACUCCCCAGCCUCAUUCCUCUCCUUUCUUCUAACCUUUUGCAAGUGUCUUCUAGUAGGAAGCCAGCAGAGUUCAUGGAAAGUCCUCAGCUUCUGCAGUGGUUUUUGAGAAAAUCUGAGGUUUCAUCUUUCAGAGGGCUCUUCACCAUGGGAAGUUUUGAGUGUACAUCAACGUGGCUGGAACAAUACCAUUUUCAAUUGGGAGCCAUACUCUCCUGGUUCCUGAAAAUACAGAACAUGUGAGAAAAUUGGACAUAAGGCAGCUGAUAACAGAAGGUCUCCAGCAUGAUAAACUGCCUGCCUGCAAUUCAACUGUAUCAAAAUCCUCUUGGCUCUCUUAAAAAUAAAUAAAAUUGGAAAUGGAAACGUGUGAAGACAUACUGAACAGUAGCAACAAGAUUCCGAACGCUAGAGACAUUUUGCCAUUCACAGAAUUCAGGAAAACAGCCUAUCUGUGGAAGGCUCUCCCAGCUCCAAAGGCUGAGCGCGGCUUGGUGAGUUCCCCGCCGCUGCUGGAAGUGAGCUAUAAAUAGAGCGGGGCGGGAAGCGCCCUGCUCAGGGGGCGGGCUGGAGAUCCCCGGCUCUCCGCUCCCCACCCUCCGCCUGCGGCGCGCGCUCCCGGACGGGGAAGCCUGCGCGGCGGGCCUGCCGCCUUAACCCUCGCCAUUCCGGGUAGCUCCGGGAAACAGCUACCGGCGGGGAGGGCGUGAUGGCGAACCGGCUGGGAAGGGAAACGGAGACACGCUUCUCACCUGGGCCUGGCAACCCUCCACCAGGGAUCUCUCCACCCCCUUCUCUUGCCCUUCGAGCUUUGGUUAACCCUUGAAAUCCGGCCUUGAAAUACACAAGAGGGGGUUUGUUCCCUGACUUGAAGUCGAGCGGCUGAAAUCCAGAUCUUUUAAAACCAUCCCAAAUUUGGUUUGAGGAAUCAUGUUGGCUGUCCUAUUUCAGCGUGGCGUACCCUCCCCCGUGCUGCUCUGGACAGUUCCUUUCCUCGGGAGGGAACUGUCAAGCGAGGUGUGUGUGUGUGCGCGCGCGUGUGUUGUUUUCGGCGCAUGCACACCCCUCGGUAGCCUCAAGGUCGGCAAUACCCUGAGCUUUCCCGGCCCCCCGCCGUCCGGGCUCGGCCCUGCCAGGCAGGGACGGAGAGAGAGGGAGUCCCCCGUCCCGGCAGGGCGUUCUGCGAGCGGUUUCAGCGUCCAGCAAGGUCGGUGCUGAAGCAGGGCCGGGCGCGGGGAAGCUGGGCUCCGGAGGGUGGACCCCGAACAGCCGCCACUGGGCGGCAGGGACCCGGCCGGGCCGCUCGGCGCGCCAGGACUCCCCCGGGGGUGCUCGGAGACCCCGGAGAGGAGGAGCGGGGAGGGGCGCGGGGCUCUCCCAGGCCGCGAGCUGUCCCGGAAUUUGAAGACCGGAGAGGCAACUGGUUCCUGGCCAGGACUCCUGAUUUCUUCUCAGAUGGAAACAGUUUCUCCAGGUGAACCUGCUGGAAUUCUCAAUGGAGUCUCACUCGGGUUUAGCCUCCUGGUACAUUUAACCGAGGCCGCAUUUAUCCCCGUGAGAAGAGGAAGGUGCCAAAUGGAGCGGGGCUGUCGGUUGCAGAACACGGUGAUUCAGGAUGCUGGAGUUAAAAAUGGGAAAAAGGAAAGAGGGGAAAACAUGAAAGAGUGGAGAAUGCACAGGACUAGGAAUUCUUGCUGAGAGAACUACAAAAGGAUGGACUCCAGCAAAAGAAUAAGUGAAUCUAAGGAAUGGAGUGGGAUAUAAGCAACAACAGUGGAGAGGAGGAAGAGGAACAGAAGACGAGCUGGUGGUGGCUGGCGGUCGCUGAGCAUCCCCCAAGACCCUCAAGCAAGCGUCUUCUCCAAGGCAGGAAAAGCCCACGGACCUACCCACUGGGGUGGCCAGAGGGCCUGAGCGCGUAACCCAGGACCCGGCGGCCGGGGGCGCCAGCCCCUCAUGUUCCGCAGAAGGCGCAAAUGUGAUGUCAUGCCCAUUGUUUUGGUGCGCCCGACCAAUCGGACUCGCCGCCUGGAUUCUACCGGAGCCGGCAUGGGCCCUUCCUCGCACCAGCAGCAGGAGUCUCCGCUCCCGACCAUAACGCAUUGCGCAGGGUGCACCACCGCCUGGUCUCCCUGCAGCUUUAACAGCCCUGACAUGGAAACCCCAUUGCAGUUCCAGCGCGGCUUCUUCUCGGAGCAGCCGCCGCCGCCGCGCUCCUCGCACCUGCAUUGCCAGCAGCAGCAGCAGAGCCAGGACAAGCCGUGCGCGCCCUUCGCGCCCCUCCCGCACCCUCACCACCACCCGCACCUCGCGCACCAGCAGCCGGGCAGCGGCGGCAGCAGCCCAUGCCUCCGGUGCAACAGCUGCGCCUCCUCCGGUGCCCCGGGGGCGGGGGCGGGGGAUAACCUGUCCCUGCUGCUCCGUACCUCCUCGCCCGGCGGCGGCGCCUUCCGGACCCGCACUUCCUCGCCGCUGUCGGGCUCGUCGUGCUGCUGCUGCUGCUCGUCGCGCCGGGGCAGCCAGCUCAAUGUGAGCGAGCUGACGCCGUCCAGCCAUGCCAGUGCGCUCCGGCAGCAGUACGCGCAACAGCCAGCGUCCGCCUCCCAGCACCGCCAGUGCCACAGCCUGCAGCCCGCCGCCAGCCCCACGGGCAGCCUCGGCAGCCUGGGCUCCGGGCCCCCGCUCUCGCACUACCACCACCACCCGCACCCGGCGCACCACCAGCACCACCAGCCCCAGGCGCGCCGCGAGAGCAACCCCUUCACCGAAAUAGCCAUGAGCAGCUGUAGGUACAACGGGGGCGUCAUGCGGCCGCUCAGCAACUUGAGCGCGUCCCGCCGGAACCUGCACGAGAUGGACUCCGAGGCGCAGCCCCUACAGCCCCCGAUGUCUGUCGGAGGAGGUGGCGGCGCGUCCUCCCCGUCUGCUGCUGCGGCCGCCGCCGCUUCGUCCUCAGCCCCGGAGAUCGUGGUAUCCAAGCCGGAGCACAACAACUCCAAUAACCUGGCGCUCUACGGAGCCGGCGGCGGCGGCAGCACUGGAGGAGGCGGUGGUGGUGGCGGCUGCGGCGGCAGCGGGCAUGGCAGCAGCAGUGGCACCAAGUCCAGCAAAAAGAAGAACCAGAACAUCGGCUACAAGCUGGGCCACCGGCGCGCCCUGUUCGAGAAGCGCAAGCGGCUCAGCGACUAUGCGCUCAUCUUUGGCAUGUUCGGCAUCGUGGUUAUGGUCAUCGAGACCGAGCUGUCGUGGGGCGCCUACGACAAGGCGUCACUGUAUUCCUUAGCUCUGAAAUGCCUUAUCAGUCUCUCCACGAUCAUUCUGCUUGGUCUGAUCAUCGUUUACCACGCCAGGGAAAUACAGUUGUUCAUGGUGGACAAUGGAGCAGAUGACUGGAGAAUAGCCAUGACUUAUGAGCGUAUUUUCUUCAUCUGCUUGGAAAUACUGGUGUGUGCUAUUCAUCCCAUACCUGGGAAUUAUACGUUCACAUGGACGGCCCGGCUUGCCUUCUCCUAUGCCCCAUCCACCACCACCGCUGAUGUGGAUAUUAUUUUAUCUAUACCAAUGUUCUUAAGACUCUAUCUGAUUGCCAGAGUCAUGCUUUUACAUAGCAAACUUUUCACUGAUGCCUCCUCUAGAAGCAUUGGAGCACUUAAUAAGAUAAACUUCAAUACGCGUUUUGUUAUGAAGACUUUAAUGACUAUAUGCCCAGGAACUGUACUCUUGGUUUUUAGUAUCUCAUUAUGGAUAAUUGCCGCAUGGACUGUCCGAGCUUGUGAAAGGUACCAUGAUCAACAGGAUGUGACUAGCAACUUCCUUGGAGCAAUGUGGCUGAUAUCAAUAACUUUUCUCUCCAUCGGUUAUGGUGACAUGGUGCCUAACACAUAUUGUGGGAAGGGAGUCUGUUUGCUCACUGGGAUUAUGGGUGCUGGUUGCACAGCCCUGGUGGUAGCUGUGGUAGCAAGGAAGCUAGAACUUACCAAAGCAGAAAAGCACGUGCACAACUUCAUGAUGGACACUCAGCUGACAAAAAGAGUGAAAAAUGCAGCUGCCAAUGUACUCAGGGAAACAUGGCUAAUUUACAAAAAUACAAAGCUAGUAAAAAAGAUAGAUCAUGCAAAAGUCAGAAAACAUCAACGGAAAUUCUUGCAAGCUAUUCAUCAAGCGCGGAAAUUGAGGAGUGUAAAAAUGGAGCAGAGGAAGCUGAACGACCAGGCGAACACCUUGGUGGACCUGGCGAAGACCCAGAACAUCAUGUAUGACAUGAUUUCUGACUUAAAUGAAAGAAGUGAAGACUUUGAGAAGAGGAUCGUUACCCUGGAAACGAAGUUAGAGACUUUGAUUGGUAGCAUCCAUGCCCUGCCUGGGCUCAUAAGCCAAACCAUCAGGCAGCAGCAGAGAGACUUCCUCGAGGCUCAGAUGGAGAACUACGACAAGCACGUCCCCUACGACGCUGAGCGGUCCCGGUCCUCGUCCAGGAGGCGGCGGUCCUCCUCUACAGCGCCACCAACUUCAUCAGAGAGUAGCUAGAAGAGAAUCAGUUAACCACAAAAUAAGACUUUUUGCCAUCAUAUGGUCAAUAUUUUAGCUUUUAUUGUAAAGCCCCUAUGGUUCUAAUCAGCGUUAUCCGGGUUCUGAUGUCAGAAUCCUGGGAACCUGAACACUAAGUUUUAGGCCAAAAUGAGUGAAAACUCUUUUUUUUUUUUCUUUCAGAUGCACAGGGAAUGCACCUAUUAUUGCUAUAUAGAUUGUUCCUCCUGUAAUUUCACUAACUUUUUAUUCAUGCACUUCAAACAGACUUUACUACUACAUUAUAUGAUAUAUAAUAAAAAAAAGUUAAUUUCUGCA